AUGUCUGCUCUUUCAACUUUCAUCAAGCAACGAUCUACUUUUUCUCGAAUCAAUACUCAAAAUUAUUAUCAAAAUUUAUAUUCUCUCCGCAAAUUUUCAAUUUAUCAAUCAAACAAAAAACCAAUUGAGAAAGCGGAUCAACAGAUUCCUUUUACCGUAAGUAAAGAUAAUCUUAAGGUGGGGUGUAAAGUAAUCUAUCAUCCAGUGGGUGGUUCUUCAACUACAUCUGAAGGUAUCGUCAAAGGGAUUAUUACUGAACCUGAGCCUGCUGGUUCUACUCAAGUUGAAGUUAAAGCUUCCGAUGAACAUCCAAGGAUUUUAAUAGAAAACCUUAAUACUCGCAAGGAAACUGCAUAUAAACUCGAAAAUAUCGAAAAAAUCAUCGAAGCCUAA